GCGGGUUCAUGUGCUCUUCCUUCGCUUCGCCACACCCACAGGCAACACUCCCUUCAUUCUCUCUGUCCUUCAACUCUCUUCCUCUGUUCCAUUCAGAAAUGCUCUCUGCCUCAUCACCAUCAUCGUCUCGUCCUUCGCAAUGAAUAAGAUCUCGCAUGCACAGAGAUUAACCGCACCAGUGGGGUCAUUCAGACACAGUUUUCUAGAGAAGAGCAAAGAGAGGCUCCUUUCCAAGAAGGACUUGAUUGGUCUCCAUGACGAAGUCAGUGAACCCUCCGAACCACGUUCCUUCCUCGACGCCCUCUCCGAUCGCGUCGUUAGCUUCCACAAUAGGUCCAAAGACUUUGCAUAUAAAUUGUACCAGAUGGGUCGCAAUGAUCGACGCAAAGUCGUUUUUGCGAUCAAAGCUGGCUUGUCCUUAGCCAUUGUCUCGCUUGUCAUUUACGUUGAGGAGGAACAGUUUAGCAAGUACUCUAUCUGGGCAAUCCUAACUGUUGUCGUCGUUUUCGAAUUCAGCAUAGGUGCAACCCUGAAUAAAGGUUUCAAUCGGGCUUUGGGAACAUUUUCUGCUGGAGUGCUUGCUCUGGGUCUUGCACAAAUAUCAGUGUUCUUUGGUCGAGCUUUUGAGGAGAUUUUUAUUGUGGUCUCUAUUUUUAUUGCUGGAUUUAUUGCGAGCUAUGUGAGGCUGUACCCUGCGAUGAAGCAAUAUGAAUAUGGCUUUCGUGUAUUCUUGUUGACAUUUUGUAUUGUGUUAGUGUCUGGGAGAACUGGAUUGCAAUUUUUCUCAACAGCUUUUUACAGAUUGCUUCUAAUUGGUAUAGGUGCGGGUGUAAGUUUGUCUGUGAAUAUUUGCCUUUAUCCCAUCUGGUCUGGGGAGGAUCUGCACAAAUUGGUGGUGAAAAAUUUCAACGGAGUUGCCGCAUCUCUAGAAGGUUGUGUAAAUGGGUACCUGCAAUGCGUUGAAUAUGAGAGGGUACCAUCCAAAAUAUUGGUUUAUCAAGCCUCUGAUGACCCUCUUUACCAGGGUUAUAGAACAGCAGUGCAAUCGUCAACUCAAGAGGAGUCUCUGGUAGAUUUUGCACUAUGGGAACCACCUCAUGGUCCAUACAAGAUGUUCAACUAUCCUUGGAAAAGCUACGUCAAAGUUAGUGGAGCAUUGAGGCAUUGUGCUUUCAUGGUCAUGGCAAUGCAUGGAUGCAUGCUUUCAGAAAUACAGGCACCUCCAGAGAAGAGACUGGUUUUCUUCGAAGAACUUCAGAAGGUUGGUAUUGAAGGAGCUAAAUUAUUGCGAUCACUCGGAAGCAAAGUGGAAAGGAUGGAAAAGCUAAGCAGCAGUGAGAUCCUCUUUGAUGUUCAAUGUGCAGCGGAACAAUUGCAGCUAAAGAUUGACAGAUUGUCAUUCCUCUUAGUCAACUAUGAGAGCUGGGAAGCUGUAAGACUGCACAAGGAAAAAGAACACGAGAAUUUGAUGCAACCAGAGAUCACUUCCCUGAAUGAAAUAAUAAGAGAUGAUCCAAAACUUAGCAUAAAAAUAGAACCUUCUACACCAGGCAAGAGCGUAAAAAUAGAACCUUCUACUCCAGGCAAGAGCUUAUUGGGGCGCUCAAAUUUAUCUUACUGCUCAGAUGGGAUGAUACCUGAACCAGAAUCCAGCGUGUAUGAAAGUGCCAGCUCCUUAACUUUGGCAACAUUUGCUUCAAACUUAAUCGAGUUUGUUGCGAGGCUUCAAAAUCUCGUCGAUGAAUUUCAAGAUCUUAGUGAGAAGGCUAACUUUAAAGACCCAUUUGAAGUGGAACAACCGUUGUUGAAGUAGGAGUUACAGUCUCCUCGUUUAUAGAUUGGAGGCCAUGAAAGAUGUCAACCAAAGAUAUUUUGUUUCACUUUUAAGAAAUAACUUUGAAGCUGAAGCUGCAUUCCUUUUUCUGGAAAAGUGGGAGGAUUCAAACUCAGAGUCCAAGAUAUCUCAUCUGUAUGUACUCUGUACGAUUUAAGAAUAACCAUCUCUGAUUUGUUUUGGUA